AUGGCUACUUCAGAUGUACAAAUGCAACAUUGUGCUGAAGAUUCCGAGACUACAAUCGAGAUCAAAAUCAAGACCUUGGAUUCUGAGACAUACAAUUUGCGUGUGAAUAAAUGUGUGCCAGUUCCUCUGUUGAAAGAGAAAAUUGCUACUGUAACUGGAAUAUUGUCUGAACAGCAACGCUUGAUUUGUCGUGGGAGAGUCUUGAAGGAUGAUGAACUCUUGUCUACUUAUCAUGUCGAAGAUGGUCAUACAUUACAUCUUGUUGUUAGACAUCCAGGCCAGUCAGCUACAUCUGGAAAUGCAGCAACUGAAGGUAACACAUCAAAUUCUGGCCGUCGUCGUGGACCCACAGUGGCAAGAAGUGUAGUACUUGAGGCUGUUAAUGUGGAUCCUGGGAGCAGUGAACUCCCAGCUUUUGUUGCGCAGAUUCUCCAAAGCGUGCUUGGAACAAUCAAUGCACAAUCUUCGGGUACAUCAGCAUCUUCUGACACCAGACCUUCAGAUCCUGCACAAUCUUCCAUCCCAAAUACUGUAAGAGUUGAACUCGACCAGCAACAAGCUCCUCUGCUUUUCCCGUCUGAACCAGCACACGAGUCAUCACAACCAAAUGUCAUCCCUGAUGCUUUGACAACUAUGUCUCAGUACAUUGACUUUAUGAGGGACUCAUUUAGGAGGGAGGGCUUUAAUCUUAAUGGACAAACAGAGGGUAAUGUGGAAAACAGAACUGCAGGAAGUACUACUAGUGUUGGUGGUACUCAAAAUCAGGAAAGCCAGCCUGAAUCAGCUGCGCUUGGGCUUCAUAAUGCAUCUUUGCUAGCUGAAAAUAUGCACUCCACUAGGCAAAUUGUUGUUGAACAGGCUGGUGCAUUGCUGUCUCAACUCUCAGCUCAGCUGGGAGAUCUAGAGAAUGUAACUGAUCCUGCAACACGAAGGGGCAUUCAAAGUAGUGCAGUUCGCAUGGGUUCUCUACUUCAGAACCUUGGUUCUUUGCUUCUGGAACUUGGCCGCACCACAAUGCUACUGCGUAUAAAUCCGUCAUCUUCAGAAGCGGUUGUAAACUCUGGACCAGCUCUUUAUAUCUCUCCAUCAGGGCCAAAUCCUCUUAUGGUUCAACCUGUUCCAUUUCCAGGAAGGUCUGUCCAAAUGGGUACAUUAUUUUCCAGUCUUGGUUCGCAAGGAUCUGUUCUACAUCCGAGAGAUGUUGAUAUCCAUGUCCACACAAGUGGGUCCGUGCCUGGAGCCAACCCAAGUGAGUCGGCUGGUGCACAAGCACAUCAAAAUGUGAAUAGACCAGGAGAUGCCUCGCAUGCAAAUAUUGGUGAAGCAUUUUCAGGGGUUGCAAGUGGCACUCCUUUUUCAGUUGAGUCUGGAGUUAGACUAUUGCCACUUAGAACAGUGGUUGCCAUGCCUGCAGGCAUCAGUCGUGCUCCAUCAGGGUCGUCUAGUGGAGGUGUUGGUAUUAUCUAUCCAUUUCUCACUCGAGUUCGACAAAGGGCAAACACUAAUGGUAAUGAUGAACGAAAUGGUCAAUCUCCAAAUGAAUCUGCUCGUAGUAGCACCCAUCCUAAUCAGCAAUCAAUUCCUCAGUCAUCUCAAACUCAUGAAGCAGGUAAUCUGGGAUCUCCAGUUGAUGUCAAUGUUGGAGAUGGCUCUGAGACCUCACCUGGGCAGCAGAAUGGUCUGGUCACACUCUCUCAGAUAAUGGACUUUCUUGGAUCAAUGCUCCCUGGCGAAAAUGUUCGAGGAAAUACCUCAAGCCAGCAAUCACCAAUGGCUUCCACCGAGCAGGGAGAGGGUAGAAAUCUUGCAACACCAGAAGUGUCAGGAGCCAGUGCGGAGGCCCUACGCUUUGCUAGCAUGGUCAGACAAAUUAUGCCAUUUAUCUCCCAAGUUGAAACACAGAAUCAAAGUGCCCCACCAGACAGCAGCAGCACACCUGCACAGGCUGCAUCUGGGAGCGCAGACAGAGCUAGGGAUGUCCCAGAUGAUUCUAUGAGUUCUCGUCAACAUAACCGCGACCAAAUUGAUGAGCCUAAUUCUAAAAGGCAAAGAACUAGUGACUGA